UCGUGUACAUCAGACUGGUACUAAUAGUACUGCAAACCGAGCAAGUCCUUAUCUGUGAAAUUAUAACAAAUAUAUACGAUAAGUACCAUUUUAAAGAAAUUUUAUUGUGAUGAAAACCGUAUAGAAAAUUAUUUAUCUAAUGACCUAUUUUUGUAUUUGUAUAUAGAAUAAGACAAUUACUUUUAUAUAAAAAGUAUAUUUUUUUGACAAAUGUGGUAUUUAAAUACAUAUUAGGGAUAUUUAAUCAGUUUGGUUCUCUUGCCGGGUUAUAUAUAAGAUAUAAAUAAUGGAUUUGCCGCAAUCGAAAUUCGUUGCUUUGGUGACUUUGGGAGUUGGAAGCAUUUUGGUAGGUCUUUUACCAGCAUGUUUCAGUAGACACUCGCGAAAUCGUUGGCCACUCUUCCUCUCUUCACUUCUCUGCUUUGGAGGAGGAGUUCUCCUAUCAACCUCUUUAGUGCACAUCCUGCCCGAAGUUAAGGAGUCGGUUAAAAAAGAAUAUAAACCAUAUGCAGAACUCAUGUUUUGCGCGGGUUUCUUUAUUCUUUACAUAAUGGAUGAAAUCGUUCACUUCUUUUAUGGAGAAGCUGCUGGACAUAGCCACCAUAAUGGACAACAGAGCAAUCAUCAUUUUGCUUUUGAAGGGAAUGGAAAUCUACCAAGAAGACACUCGGCAGCUCCAUGUAAGAAUUAUGGUGCAACCGAUCGUAAAUGUUGGGAAACCACUUCGUUAGUCCGAGGCGAAAAGUCGUUUCCUUAUAAUCCAAAUGUCUUUAGAGCCCAAUCUGACAGUGUAUUAUUUUGUGACGAAGCCCCUUCACAACUCUGCCACCAAAUGCAUCAAGACACUUGUGAAAAAUCCGCUCCAACUGCAAGUCUUGGACUAUUAGUAGCUUUAUCGAUUCACAGUCUUUUGGAGGGCUUAGUGGUAGGGUUAGAAGAAACUCCUUCAAAGGUUAUGCUACUUCUUGGUGCCAUAGCGUCACACAAGUUGGUAGUUGGAUUCUGUCUAGGGGUGGAGUUGACUUCCAAUGAGUUUAUAACGUUUUGUAAACAUCUUGUAUGCAUCUUGGUGUUCGCUGGAUCAUCUGUAGCAGGAAUUGUAAUUGGGUUAUUUAUAUCGCGUUUACCAACUGAAAUCACAAACGUUUCGAUUCCUAUUUUACAGGCAUUGGCUGGGGGUACUUUAUUAUACGUGACGGUUUGUGAAAUACUUCCUAGAGAAAGGGCAAGGUGGCACCAGCAACACCCCAAAAGAGAAGCUGGACUAAUUCAGUUAAUUUCAGUUUUAGCUGGGUUUGUUACUAUGACAGUAUUAAGCAAAUAUCUUGAUGGAUAGGUGAUUUCGGACAUCAUUAUGCAUCACUAACUCACUUUAUACGUGAGGUACUAAUUUAAUUAAUUUAUGUUUUUAGAAUGUGAUAUAUGUAAAAACGUUGAUAUAUUUCAUUAAAAUGUGUAGAAGUAGUCGUAAUUGACAAAGGUAAAUAAUUACAAAUAUAUUUUUUUUAUAUGUAUAUUUGUUAAUUAUAUUAUGUACUUUUUUAAAAA